AUGAACCCCGAGAACAGCCGGGGCCAUGGGGCAAGGGAGCUGAUGCUCCAGGCGGCCAGGACCCUGAGGGCUGACCUGAGGGGCGCGGCCACGGGGCCCUGGAGGAAUCUGGCCAGGGUGCCAAAGCCUGAGGGGACGGACGAGGAGACUACAGCUGCAGGACAUGAAAGCUUACUGCCAAUUGAGAGAAGCUUUCAGAACGCUGCUAAAAGCAAUAAUUUGGCUCUUAUGGAGAAGCUGUUUGAAAAGAAGGUUAACAUUAAUGCUGUGAACACCAUGAACCGCACGGCCCUGCACUUUGCGGUGGCGAGGAGUAAUUUAUCAGCGGUAGAGUUCUUACUGAGUCACAAAGCCCGGGUUGAUGUUGCUGACAAGCACGGCUUGACAGUAAUUCACCUUGCAGCCUGGUCUGGAAGCUUCGAGAUCAUGCUCAUGCUAGUUAAAGCUGGAGCAGACCAGAGAGCCAAGAGCCAGGAAGGAAUGAACGCUCUCCACUUCGCAGCUCAGAACAAUAACCUGCACAUCGUGGAUUACCUCAUUCAAGACUUGCACCUGCAGGACCUGAACCAACCCAAUGAGAGAGGAAGAAAACCAUUUCUUUUGGCAGCUGAGAGGGGCCAUGUUGAAAUGAUUGAAAAGCUUAUCUUCCUUCAUCUGCAGACUUCAGAAAAGGACAAGGAGGGGAACACUGCCUUGCACCUGGCUGCCAUGCAUGGCCACAGCCCAGCAGUGCAGGCGCUACUAACUCAGUGGCUGGAAGUAAAUGAGACCAACGAGAAUGGAGAAACUCCAUUCAUGUUGGCCAUUGAAGGAGGCCAUGAGGAAUGCAGUCGAGUGCUCUUGGCAGGAGGAAGUGAUGUCAACAUUCCAAACAAACUCCACAUCAGUGCGUUGCAGGCAGCCACCCGGAAGGGCCACACAUCCCUCGUCAACUUUCUUCUCCAUGAGAACGUUGGUUUGCAACAGCAGAAGGAACCUCAGAAGUCCCCUCUUCACUUAGCAGUUAUCAACAACCACCCUACAGUUGUAAACAGCUUAUUAAGAGCUCAGCACGAUGUUAACGUCUUGGAUCAGAGGCAGCAGACCCCUCUGCACAUUGCUGCUGAUCUUGGAAAUGUGGAGCUGGUGGACACCCUGCUGAAGGCCGGCUGUGACCUGAAAAUCACCGACAAGCAAGGGAAGACUGCCCUGGCUGUGGCUGCCAGGAGCCACCACAGCCUCGUGGUGGACAUGCUCAUUAAAGCCGAGAGGUACCAUGCCUGGAGAGAGGCGCACCCUGAGAGCAUCCAGGGCUCGGCAGGAUGCUCUACACUGACAUUUAAGCAGGACCACAGUGUGGAGACCACGCACAUCCGCACGCUCCUCUGGAACCUGGCCUACCGACAGCUGAAGGAGAAGGACUGGCAGCAGCUGGCCCGCUUGUGGAACUUUUCAGAGGACCAGAUCAGAGCCAUUGAGCAGCAGUGGUCAGGAAACAAGAGCUUCCGUGAGCACGGUUACAGGGCUCUGCUCAUCUGGCUGCACGGGGCCCUGAUGACACAGCCUGACCCUGCCAAGCAGUUGGAUGAGGCACUGGUGCAUGCAGGAUUCCCAGAGUCAGCUGGAAAGAUUCGUCAGUUCGAAGGUAAAACUGACCCAAGCUCCAAGAAAUGUGUAGUCUCCUAAGCUGAAGAAACAAUUCCAAUGGCUUCCCACUCCAUAUUCAGGUUGAUUGUGGUUCCGGAUGGCCACAGCCACCCCCUAGCAGACUGAUUUCCUGGUCCAAAGAUGCUGCUCCUCCAGGGAUGGAGGUGAACAUACCACCUUCUCACUGCUCCAGCCUCAGGCUGGGGGCAAACUGUGGCUUUC